AUGUCCUUGUCAGUGGAAGAUGUCGGUGCUGUUUUCGAGGAGCUCGGCGACCUCGAAAGGAACUUUGCGGAAGUAGAACUCGAUGCUCUUCGACGAAAGGAGUUCUCACUGAAACCCCUCUAUGUAAAGCGCCAGACUUUACUUGACAAACUUCCCGACUUUUGGCCCACGGUGUUUGGCAAUGGCCCCGAAGAAGUCCAGCAGUUCUUCUCAGCGGAAGAUCUAGCGCUCAUUUCCUGCAUUAAAUCCUUCACCGUUGAACGAUACCAAAUCGAAUCCGAGACAAAAGGCGAGCCUCGAAGCCUCAGAUUUACAUUCGACUUUGCCGAAAACGAUUUCAUCGAAGACAAGCAGCUGGUGAAAGAGUUCGAAUACAAGCGACGAGAGGACGGUCCAGGCAGCUUGAUCUCAAAGCCGGUCCCAAUCAAGUGGAAGGGCAACAAGCAGGACCUUACAAAGGGUCUCCUGGACGCUGCUGUCGAACUCUACGCAGCCGAAGAAGCGAUAAAGGUCAAAUCUGUCGAGGUGGUGGAUCGUGAAGCACUCUGGCAGCACGAGAAACUCCGGGAUAAAAUGGUCAAACUCGAUGAAACUGAUGAGGAUCAACCAAGUUUCUUCAACUGGUUUGGAUUCCGGGGCGCAAUUGACUCGUCUGCUCCCAAGAAAGAGGGGGAGAACGGUGCUGGCAACGGUGCCGAAGACAGUGACGACGAUGUCGAAGAGAUGCUCGAGGUUGAGAUUUUUCCCGCAGGGGAGGAAAUCGCCAUUGCCUUGGCUGAGGAGGUUUGGUCAGAUGCCAUGGACUACUUCAUGUCUGCCCAAGACGACUUGCCUGAUGGUGAAGACCUUGAUAUGGAAGAUGACGAGGAUGAUGAGGAGGACGACGACGACGUACCAGACCUCAUUCCUGCUGAAGAUGCCAGACCAUCCAAGAGACAGCGCAAGGACUGA